AGCAGCUCGAAUGCCUUGUGAGCUGUGAUAAUUCAAAUCGCUGAACGGUCUGCGCUUUCGAAGAAAGGCUCAAAGAUGGAGAACAGUGAGAUGAAAAGCUUCGGCUAUGUAUGGAUCUUAGCCAUAGCAUCUUUCUGCUACUGCUACUUCAUCUCAGCCUCCAUCCCCAAAGGCCUCUUCAGACUCCUCUCUCUCCUCCCCAUCAUCUUCCUCUUCACCACCCUCCCUCUCCACCUCUCCGCCUUCCACCUCUGCGGCCUCACCGCCUUCUUGCUUGUUUGGCUCGCCAACUUCAAACUUCUCCUCUUCUCCUUCGGCCGUGGCCCCCUUUCACCACCACAGCCCCUCCUCCACUUUAUCUGCACUGCCUCCCUCCCUAUCAAAAUCAACCAAAACCCACAUCCCAAUUCCUACAAAAUUACAAGUCCAUAUUCCAAAACCGGCCAGAAAGUCGCCUUUCUCAUCAAAGCGUUGGCUUUAGCUGUAUUGUUGAAGGUCUACAAGUACAGACAAUUUUUGCAUCCAAACGUCAUCUUAGCUCUCUACUGUUGCCACGUGUACCUCGCCGCUGAACUUAUCCUGGCCCUGGCUGCAGCCCCGGCUCGAGCCAUCGGCCUGGAGCUCGAGCCACAGUUCAAUGAACCCUACCUCGCAACUUCUCUACAAGAUUUCUGGGGGCGUAGGUGGAACCUCAUGGUAAGCAGUAUCCUGCGCCCCACCAUAUACUUUCCCAUCCGUCGUUUUACGGCGAGUAGACUUGGGCCCAGGUGCUCACAUCUCCUGGCAAUGCUCGCGGCCUUUACAGUCUCGGGCCUCAUGCACGAGGUAAUUUACUACUACCUCACGCGAGUGACUCCCACGUGGGAAGUCACGUGGUUCUUCGUGCUACAGGGGGUGUGCACCGCCGCGGAGGUGGCGGCCAAGAAGGCGGCAGCAGGAAGGUGGCAGUUUCCCCCGGCGGUCACCAGGCCGUUGACGGUUGUGUUCGUGGCCGUCACCGGUUUUUGGCUGUUCUUCCCGCAGCUGUUAAGGAACCACGUGGAUGUUAAGACCAUUGGGGAGUACUCAAUUUUGAUUGAUUUUGUCAAGGAGAAAACGCUACUGCCACUGUCCUUGUAUUUGCAAUGAUAUAUUAUUUGAUGACUAUGUCUUACAGAUAGGCAGGCAUGACCUGUCAUUUUAUUAGUAUAUUUUUGGUGGAUGGAGGCUUUCAA